UCUGUAAUUUCCAGAAACUAAACAAAUAACCAAAUCAAAGCAAACCCUCAUCGCGUCGUCCCCUUCAUUUCCUGCAAAAACAAAUUACACCAAAAUCAAUUGAAAAAUUCCCCUUUAAGCAAACCCUAAUCCGCUAUUUUAAACAUUAAAACUUGGAGAAUUUUGUUUUUUUUUUUUUGAAUCGGAUCUUCUAAUUGAAAUCAUUAAAGAAAAAGUUACAGGAAUUACAGACGUAGAUGUGCAGUAAAAAAUGGGCGCAGCAGGGUCGAAACUCGAGAAAGCACUAGGCGACCAGUUUCCUGAAGGCGAACGAUAUUUUGGCCUUGAAAAUUUUGGCAAUACCUGUUACUGCAAUAGCGUUUUGCAGGCACUUUAUUUUUGUGUACCAUUUCGAGAACAGUUACUAGAAUAUUAUGCAAAUAAUAAAAGUAUUGGGGAUGCUGAAGAGAAUCUUUUGACAUGCUUGGCGGACUUGUUUACACAGAUAAGUUCACAGAAGAAGAAAACGGGUGUCAUUGCUCCAAAGCGCUUCGUACAGAGAUUGAAAAAACAGAAUGAGCUUUUUCGUAGCUAUAUGCACCAGGAUGCUCAUGAAUUUUUGAAUUUUUUGCUAAAUGAACUUGUCGACAUACUGGAGAAAGAGGCCCAAGCUACCAAAAGUGAUCCGGAAACUGCGUCUGCACCUGAAAAGAUUGCAAAUGGGCUUAAGAAUGGUCAGGUGAAUGGCAUUUCAAAGGAGCCUUUUGUUACAUGGGUGCACAAAAAUUUUCAGGGUAUUCUUACCAAUGAGACAAGGUGCCUGCAGUGUGAGACUGUUACAGCAAGAGAUGAGACAUUUUUCGACUUAAGCCUUGAUAUUGAACAGAAUAGCUCAAUAACGAGCUGUUUGAAAAAUUUUAGUUCCACAGAGACUUUGAAUGCGGAGGACAAGUUUUUCUGCGACAAGUGCUGCAGUUUGCAAGAAGCCCAGAAGAGGAUGAAGAUAAAGAAACCCCCUCACAUAUUGGUCAUCCAUCUAAAGAGGUUCAAAUACAUUGAGCAGCUGAGUCGAUACAAGAAGCUAUCUUAUCGGGUUGUCUUCCCUCUUGAGCUGAAGCUCAGUAACACAAUGGAAGAUUCAGAUAUUGAGUACUCAUUGUUUGCAGUAGUUGUUCAUGUUGGGAGUGGGCCUAAUCAUGGACACUAUGUGAGCCUUGUGAAAAGCCAUAAUCACUGGCUGUUUUUUGAUGACGAAAAUGUCGAGAUGAUUGACGAGUCUGCAGUUCAAACUUUUUUUGGGUCAUCUCAGGAAUAUUCAAGUAAUACAGAUCACGGUUACAUUUUGUUUUAUGAGAGCCUUGGUGCCAGUAGCAAGAGUUGAGUGGAGGGGUUUUAAUUUUACAAGUAGGUAUUUUGAUAAUUUGGACUGGACCGGACUCGUUUGUUUCCUUAGCUUCUUUUAUUAUCGUUUUUAUCUUUUCCCUUUUUAACCUUCAACCAUUGUCGAGAAUGAUAUGCGUUGUGCAAAAUGUAUACUUGGGUCGUUUUCUGUACAGCGGAUGGUGGAAGCACACCGUCCUUUUGGUUUUUUUCUUUCAGAAUAAGAGGAAAGAAGAUGAGUGUAUAUGGUCUGAGAAAAUUUUACAGAAACACUUUGUAUUCUUCAUGGUUGAGAACCGAUUCUGAAAUUAUUGAAUUUCCUAUUA